UGAAGGCGCCACUACAAAACACACCUCCCAGAAAACCGGAAGCGGAUUUGUCACUCCCUUGUCAACAAGUUUUUGCAACUUAACUUUUACUCAUUUUCCAGAAACUAAAACCGAUCCGAUAAGAUAAAAACGAAAAUGUCGGGGUCAUCCAGCAUCGUAGCAAUGAAGAAAAUUGUCCAACAGCUACGUUUUGAAGCGGGAAUGAGCCGAGUAAAGGUGUCCCAGGCCGCGGCUGACCUACAACAGUUUUGUCUCCAGAACGCCCAGCAUGAUCCGCUGCUCACCGGUAUGUCCUCCAGUAACAACCCGUUCAGACCUCAGAAAGUCUGCUCCUUCCUAUAACGGCGACGCCUUGGGCCCCGUCUUUAGAGUGUGGUGCGUCUUGAAGAUGGGUUGGAAUCACCUCAAGAGUGUUAGGGAAAUUUGCAACUAAUUAUAUUCUUAACCUUUGUU